CACUUCGUAUAUAUGAAUGUGUUGAAAAUAAUCAGCCGAUGUAGCAAGAAAUCACAACAAAUAAAAAUACUUUACAUUGUAAGUUAUUAGUAUUAUUAGUUGCAAUUUGAAGGAAUUUUACCAGAUCUGGAGGAUGGCCCAACCAUCUGGUCAACGUCCCCUUCCACAGGGGAAGGAAGCUCUCCUUAAAGCAUACAACAAAAGGCUGAAAGACAACGUCAAGUCAAUGGUAGAUAAUUUCGGAGAAAUAGUAAAGUUGGCAAAGAUGGAAAAUGAAGGUCAAGUUUCUCGAGCCACACAAGCCGAUGAGGAUCAUUUUGAGAUGACCGUUAGAGCCGCAAAUAUGGUACGAGCUGGAGAAUCAUUAAUGAAAUUGGUCACCGACAUUAAACAAUACUUGAUAUUGAAUGAUUUUCCAUCUGUAAACGAUGCAAUUGUUCAGCAAAGUCACCUUUUUAAGCAGAAGCAGACUGAGUGUGAUCGUAAAUUAAUGACGUUAAGGGACGACAUUUCUGGAGACUUGUUUGACCUUGAAGAGGAAUAUUAUUCCUCUGCAUUCAAAUAGAUUCUUAUUUUUUACAUAAUGAACAUAAACAACUGCAUCGAUAUUUAAAGUAUUUAUUAAUUAUUCUUGUCUGAUGAAAUACAUUAAGGCCUUCCAUAAAUAAUAAUGACUAUGUUUCGAUUUAUUUCAAAUCAAUAAUAUUGUAACUUGUUCGAUUAAAUAAUACUUCACAGUCGAUUUUAAAAUAAUUAUGAAUGGUCAUAUUUAACCUACAAAUUGUAUCGUCAAAUUAUGCUAAUUUGCUAUUCGUGGCAAAGACCACAGUUUGUAUAAGUGCUGUAGGAAAGAGCGAGCGUAAGUAGCAGUCCAAUAAUGCUGUUUGCAUUAUCAUAAUUGGAAUGAAAAACAUUUGUUCCCGAACGUAUAUGUCUGUAAUCGCCUGUAGAAAAACAUCCUCAUUCAUAGAUAAAUACUACAUUUUUAUGUUUGCGUACACACAUGUAAACUUUCUUAAGACACUAGGUAUUGUUCUGUUCAUAAUAAUUAAUGGUAUUUACUUAUACUGUGCAAGGAUUUUACAGACACUUUGCAUUACUCAAGAAUUUAUCACGUAACUUAUUGAGCCUUGGCCUUGAGUGAGUGGAAUGAAUAUAUUAUAAUGUAAUACCUUUUGGUAUAUAAAUUAAUAAGUAAAACUUGGAAAUAAUUUUUAUGCUCAAAAUGGAAAGUAUUGUCGAUAUU